AUGAUCGAAACUGCAACACAGUCUUCGUCGACCAACAUUGCUCUACACGAAAGAAUGGCUGCUACUUUUGUCCUGGCCUUGCUGGCUCUUUCCCACACCAUCUCCGCCUCCCCUGUCAAGGCUGCUUCCCAGAGAACCUACGGGUUUUGCAAGCAGUUCAACAUCCCGGUGUUCGCUUCGGCACCCAGCGCCACCUAUGAUUUCCGAAAGGUGGACAGUAACAUCGAGGCCCGAGCCUGGGCGAUCUACGAAGACACCUGGAGCACUCCGCAGGGCGCGCAGACCGUCAUCCACAACACCACGACUGCGGACACGUUCAAUAUCCACGCUCAACUGUGUAUCCCCAAGGCCCCUGGGGCGAAAAAGGACAUUCUGCAGAUCGCGACGCACGGGGCGCAUUAUGAUGGAAGAUACUGGGAUCCCGAACUCAACCGCGAGAACCAAUCUUAUGUCGAGGCGUCUCUCAAGGCAGGAUACACAAUCCUUACGUACGAUCGUUUGGGGGCUGGUCAAUCGGAUCACCCUGACGCGUACAAUGUGGUCCAAGCCCCUCUGGAGUUGGAGAUUCUUCGACAGUUGACCCUGAUGGCGCGCAACGGGACUAUCUACAGCCUCGCGGUGCAGGCACAACCGACCACUACCCAGUUCAAUUCGUCAUUGGCAGCCCCAAGAAAGAUUGUGCAUGUCGGUCACAGCUUCGGAUCGUUCCUCACCUCGGCGCUGGUGGCCACAUAUCCCACUCUGACCGACGGAGUCAUCAUCACCGGCUACUUCUAUGGCAAGUACCUCGCCGCACCCGGGAUGGCUUCGUGGGGGGUCGACUUUGCCGCCACCAGCUCGCCGCCUUUCAAUCGGCCCAGUGGCUACGUGGUGUGCCAGAAGAGCGGCAUCCAGAAUCUGUUCUUUGGCGGCAAUCCCGCGACGGCCUUCACCCCCGAGAUGCUGGACUACGGCGACUCGCUCAAGCAGCCGGUACCGGUGGGGGAACUCGCCUCCGCGUUCCACAUCAUCGGGCUUCAGGGUCCGGGGCUCAAAGCGCCGGUGCAGUUCAUGCUGGCCGAGUUCGACUUUUACAUCUGCGACGGCGAUUGCAAGGGGGCGUAUAGCUUGCAGGAAUUGCAGGGGACGUAUCCCAACGCGGCCGUCGUGGAGGCAUAUAUUCAGCCCAACACAGGCCACGCCUUUCCACUGCACAACAACGCCACGGCGGGGUACCAGGUCACGUUUGAUUUCUUGGAGAGGAACGGGCUGUAA